AUGGUUUCCUCUCAGCUACCUGGCUUGACCAAGGCCCGCAUGUGCAAACCAAUUCAGACAAAGUUGCUUUUUCCUAUGGAUACAAUGGAUGCUGUAGUUUCAGAUCACGUGGAGCUUGAUUUUGAUGAUGUUUUUGGCCCUCUACCAGUUCAGGCCUCUGUAGAAGUGAAUUAUAGUGAUUCGGCUAAUUCUGCCGCCAUCGAAGAUGCCACUGAGCUUAUUUAUGAUAAUCCAGUGGUAAUUCAUAACCGAUCACAUUCUUUGGUUGGUCCCUCAUCGUUUGUAAGCCAAUCAUUGAAGCUCAGCAAACUGACUAUAAGUGACACGGAAGAUUCAGUGGAACUGGUAGAGUGUGUCAAUGGAGAUACCAUCAAAGAAUUUCAAGAACCUUUAAUUGAUGAUGGUGUCACUGAAAAGACUCUUGAAAAUGAUGAGGAAAUCUCCAUGAAGAUCGAGAGUGUAGGCAUUGAAGAUUUUGAGGUUUUGAAGGUUGUUGGGCAGGGUGCAUUUGCAAAAGUAUACCAGGUGAGGAAGAAGGGGACAUCAGAAAUUUAUGCAAUGAAGGUCAUGCGGAAGGACAAGAUCAUGGAGAAGAAUCAUGCUGAAUACAUGAAAGCUGAGAGGAAUAUUCUAACAAAAAUUGAUCAUCCAUUCAUUAUCCAGCUUAGAUACUCAUUUCAGACCAAAUAUAGACUUUAUCUCGUGCUAGAUUUUGUUAAUGGUGGUCACCUUUUCUUUCAGCUCUAUCACCACGGUCUAUUCAGAGAGGAGCUGGCUCGAAUAUAUGCUGCUGAGAUUGUUUCUGCGGUUUCUCACCUCCAUGCAAAUGGAAUAAUGCAUAGGGAUCUUAAACCUGAAAAUAUCCUAUUGGACACAGAUGGCCAUGCCAUGUUGACUGAUUUUGGUCUUGCGAAGCAACUUGAAGAGAAUACGAGAUCUAAUUCUAUGUGUGGAACUGUAGAAUACAUGCCACCCGAAAUAGUUCUUGGAAAGGGCCACAAUAAGGCUGCAGACUGGUGGAGUGUGGGAGUCCUAUUGUUUGAGAUGCUAACUGGAAAGCCUCCUUUUACUGGGAACAGGGAGAAAAUUCAGCAGAAGAUAGUUAAGGAAAAGAUCAAGUUGCCAUCCUUUCUGUCCAGUGAAGCACAUUCUCUGUUGAAAGGGCUCCUACAGAAGGAUGCAAGCCACCGCCUUGGUAGUGGGCCUUUGGGGUGUGAGGAAAUCAAGCGCCACAAAUGGUUUAAGCCAAUAAAUUGGAAAAGAUUAGAUGCUCGGGAAAUCCAACCAAGCUUUCGUCCUCAAGUUUCCGGGAAGCAGUGCAUUGCCAAUUUCGAUAAGUGCUGGACUGAUAUGUCAGUUGUGGAUUCUCCAGCUGCUAGCCCGAAUGCUGCUGGAAACCCCUUCACCGGCUUCAGUUAUGUUAGGCCUGCGGCCUCUUUUCUUCAGAAGAAUAUCCCCAUGUACUAG